AGAUGAAACACUUGAACACAUGGACCUCCGAAUUGGAGCUCGCACAAGACGCCCGAGUCAUUGAUAGUUGUUGAAUUCGAUGCAAAAUCACGAGCAUUUCUCUGGGCGGCCAUUCUGAAAUGAGUCCUGCAGGGCUGUCAAGAGUCAAGUAACUUUUGCAGUGUGAAGAGUAUUGGCGAAGCUUGUGCCAAAGCGUUCUAUUUUAACCGAUUGCGAGUUUGCGUGAGUGUGUUUGCUAGAGCGUUGCUGGAGUGUGCUCUGAGAUGUAGUUGUCUUCUGAGGGCAUUGAUUCGGAUUGUGAUGGAUACCGGCCCCAGAAUCGUUUGGAGACGAUUCGUUUGAGUAGCUUGAGCUGCGAGAUGGUUAGUGAUUGGUAGGAAAGAUGUUUAGGGAGGUUGGAAGCAGGAUUUCUAUGAGGUGAUGGUGAGCCGCGAUUGUAGAGUGGUUUGGGAAAGACAGGGUUGCAGAGUGGGCGCACACGCGCAGUUGUUGAGAGAGACAGUGCGAGCGAAAGAGGGCAAGAUGGAGUGUGAACUGUCCGGAAACCAAAUCAAGAGUCUGAACAGAGCAGUGAAUUGUCUGUAUCGUAUCGGCAGUGAGCUACUCAUCGAAGUACUUCCUGACAAGUUAUCGCUUCGCACUCUCAAUUCAGCAUGGUCGGCCUUUCUGUCGGUCACUUUCAAAGGCCAUUUCUUCGACGCUUAUCGUGUUCAUACGCCGAAUGCUGCUUGCAGUGUUCUGCUGAAGUCUGUAUGCACCGUGUUCCGGACGCCGACUAGCAGUAUGGAGAAAUUGACCAUUACCUUGGCAGACAAAGAUGCAAGCAAGCUCCAGUGGACUAUCCAAUGUUUAAAUGGAAUCAGGAAAACAUACGGAAUCACCUGUAACAAUGACACUGAAAUGCAGAAUGUGCUGUUGGAGCGGAAUUCCUUUCCUAGUCAUUUGGUUAUAAAGCCUAAAGAUCUUAGCAGACUUUUGGGACAUUUUCAGUCUUCUCUCCAAGAGAUGACAUUGAUAGCAACGGAACCAGUAACUAUUGACAUGGGCUCUGAAAGUGAAGCAAAAGCGAUCGAAUUGAAGAGUUACAUUGACCCUGCAAGAGUAACGACAGAUGGGUCUCUUCAUACGCAGCUUUGGAUUGACCCUUCUGAAGAAUUGGCAGCAUACACGCACAAGGGUCCGCCAGUAGAUGUGACUUUCAGUGUCAAAGAAUUGAAGGCAUUUAUGGCGUUUUGUGAAGGAGCGGAUGCAGAUAUGCAUAUGUACUUUGACAAAGCUGGCAAACCUGUGCUCAUUGCACCACGAUUUGGCUUGGACGAUUCAGCACAUAGCAACUUCGAUUCCACUUUAGUCUUGGCAACAAUGAUGAGUUCACAAUUACGCGGGGCAGAUGAUAGUUCUGGUCAAGCUAUUCAUACAGCCAAUUCAAAUGGUGCAGGUCCCAGCAGCAGGGAAGGCUCUCAAGAUCGUACUCCGUCAAACGAUUCUGUUCGAAGAGGCAACAGACCUGACAUGACACCAGGAUCUGCUCACAGAUCAGAUGAGACAGCCAUCUGGUCUGAUUUAUCAGGAAGUGCAAGAAGAACAAAUGGCACUCAGCGAAGGACAAGCAUCAAUCAGCCCACGCCAGUUCUGCAUACACAUCAGAAUCUGGAUGACAGCGAGGACUCACGACGGAAUCUACCCGACUCCGAGGAUGCAAGUGAAGAGAUACCCACUUUGAACAGACACGAACCUGAAAGUGCUAGAAGGAAAAGACUCCUAAAGCCUUCAGAUAUUGACCCAUCUGUCAAAGUAUCAUCAGUUCAAACCUUUCCUGAAACAGCUCUGCGGCCUCUCAAGGAUGCGUAUGGAUUACGCCCCGAGAGUACCAGCCAGCAGGAACCUUCAGGGAGGAAUUUGGACGAUGAGACUCCACGGCCGAGACAACCAUUAUGGGAAGAGAAUUCGAGUGAUGCUGAUUGCGAGGACGACACGGAAGAUCCUGAUGAUGAAUUUUGCGUUCCCACCACUCCACCUGAAAGGAGGGGUUCAUAUUAAUUGGGUUUCCAGUGUCUACUUGUGAGCGUACUGUUAUGGUAGGUACGCAUGACGCGUACAAAAUACGCGCAGUACCUCAAAACUGAUCAAGCUUGUCACACCCAGUUGUAACGCAUGCAGAAAAUAGACUCAGCGCACAUCCUGUUGAACCGGAGAUCAGAUAUUUAGCAUUAGACACUUACGGAACAUCACAGUACAGCUCGAAAUCAAAUGUCCAUUUGGCAACAUCAAUUUGUUUCUGACAGUGAUGAAGCAGUCUACCGUCAUGCCUGCGGAGUUUCGCAUGUAAAUAAAAACUCAGAAUUCCAGUGGAAAA